UAGAUUGAUAGUCAAUAGAACUUACAAUUAGCUCAUUGUUACAGAGUUGGAGUUUUACUGGACAAUGUGAAUUAUACUUGCUCAUGUGUAUUGAAUUAGAAUAUCAAUACAUACCCCUUUGGCACACAUAUUAAGGCAAUGGAAUAGAUAGAGACAUGUGGUCCCUAAUAUCAUGUGGAAAAGGGUAAUUUGUGAGAGAAAAGUAGAUAUAUAAUGGAAAAGGGAAAAUGUAAGGACUAGUAAAGAACAAAGGAAGUAUGUGAUGUAUGUCUCUUCCACAGAAGAGAGGAAGGGAAGUAAAGGAACGAAUAAUGAAGCUGGUUCCCCUGGAGACUUCACAUUGGAAUGGGAUGCACCAAAUUCUCAGGAUAUAGUACUGCGAAAGAAGUGUGAUACUGGUGAGGAAGUUGCUGUAUCAGCUUUACUUGGACCAGUAGAAUACAUAAGAAAUGGAACAUACCCAAGGGUGGUUAAUAUGAAGGUGUGCAUAAAAAAGCCUGGUUUAAGUUCUCUCUUACAGUUUGACUGUAAAGUCGCCAAUAGAAGUUAUAAUGGCCCUGAGUUCAACAUCUCUUCUGCAAGUUAUCUCAGAUCAACAAACUCCACAGGUCCUAGAUAUUACAAGGCCCCCUUAUACAGUGAAGUUGACCCUCUUCUCCAAGAUGCAUUCAGAGACUAUUUGGAGACCAAGGGGGUUGGAGAGAGCCUGAUGAACUUCCUUGUUGUACACAUGCACAAAAAGGAGGAAAAUCAGUAUGUCAAUUGGCUGCAGAAUCUUCAAGGAAUGGUGUCUCGAGGUGAAUGAAGCGUACUCGAGGAACUUGAGUUUUAGUCUGACCUAUGAAUCGAUAGCUCUAGCAUGAAAGUUUCACAGAUGGAACAAGCCGUCGACCUUGUUAAAUAUUGGACUAGUCAUCCGUUUUUGUGAAGGUGGCAUCACUUAGCUGUUCUGGCCUGUAACCUGUUUAUAAUAUAUGAAGCAUCACUGCAACUGGAACUUCUAAGAAAUGUUCAAUUACAAGUAUGCUGAUUUCAUGCAUAAUGAACACAUCAUUAUGCCCAUUUUAAUGGAAGUAGUUCACAUGAUCUUUUUGAAUUGGCA